AUGAAUGCUAACCCGAAAGAUGCAUUCUCAGUUUCCUUAUAAAAAUUUCAUCGAAAAAGUGUUCAUUCAUAAAUGGCAAAUACAAGUGGAUGUAAUUAAUUAAGUGAUGCUUCUACUAUUCCACUUCCUGAGUUGAAGGUUAGAGGAUUGCAAAGUGCAAAAAUAAAAGCAUCACCAAAAAGAUCUCCUCACGUUUUAAAAUUUUAUGUACAUGAUGCUUAAUGUUUGCUUAAGGAUCCAAUGAAAAAAGCUAAUGUAUGAUUCAGUUUUAUUUAUGGAUAUAGAGAAGAUAUGAAAACUAAUCUGACUAUGUAUUUGUGGACACUUACUUAGAUGCAUUACAUAUGAUAGCACAAGAAGAAAGAAAGAAUAAGUAAGCUAAUGGACAUACUAUAUAAUCUGAAGAAUUUUCAGAAUAACAAAUUUCAAUCAAUCCUUAACCUACUUUGCCUAAUAUACCAGCUUAAUUGAUAAGAGAUAGAAUGAGAGUUUAUGCAUAAAGUUAAUAAAAAGAUCCUUAAUCUAGUAAUUCUUAAUUCUGAUAAAUUAGUAGAAUCUCAACUAGCACAAAGAUAGCCUAAGAAAGUAANUAAAUUUGCCUAAACAAUGUUUUCCCAUAAAAACUUCUUUUUUCUUAUUUACUUAAGUUAAUUUCGUUUGUUUAUCUAUUUUUAAUGGAUAUAGCUAAUUAGUUUCAAUUUCUCAAACCCUAAAAAUUUCAGAAAAGUUUCCAUGACCCAAAACUUCAAAAUCUUCUAUUGCUUUUUUUCCUUAUUCUUUUCUAUCUGCUCUUUACUUUUCUCUCUAUUAUUUUAAUUUCAGAACAAAUACAUUUAUGAUCUUUCCAAUCUUUUUUUUAACAUUCUAUAAAACAAUAAUAAAUUGAUUUGCAUUUAGAACAUUUAAUAAUACUGCAUCUUAUUAAAAUAUAAUUUUAUGUUUUUUUCUUUCUUUAAAAAAUGUAAGAAAUAGCUUUAUUAACAAAUUAUUUUUACUAAAAAUGAUUAGUAAUGUAUUUUAGAUAAAAAAAUAAAAAUGUAUUUAUAUUAUAAAAAAAUUAAACUUUUUAAAUACUUGAAUGUGAAUUUAGUGAGUUGA